AUGUUGGAGAAAUUCUGGGUUGCCAUCUACACAUAUGUGAUUAUAUCCAUCGCUUCCAGACAGUCAAGCUCAUUCAUAUUCGGGAUACCUCAGACGCACUCUCCUUCAGUCGAUUACAUUAAAGUGUAUGUAUCAGCAAAACAGUCCUGUCAGGUAUACAUAAAUGCUCCCGGAAUAUCUUUUACCAGAAACUUUACUUUGAAUGCUGCAACCACGUCAUCCGUUCAAAUACCAUCGACAACGAUAAUUACAAAUGAUGGGAUUUCUAGAAAAUCCAUUUUUGUUGAAAGUUCUGAGGACGUUGAAGUACGAGUUAUGAUACGCCAAAAAGACACCUCCGACGGUUUCCUUGCGCUACCAAUAACAACAACCUCAUCUGAGUUCUACAUUGCGUCAUAUGUUCCUACCGAUUCAUCUAGCCAGUUCCUAAUAUCUGCACCCUAUGAUGGGACAUCAGUAUCUAUCACUUUAAAGAUGACAUCAGGAGUCAUUGUGUACGACGGAAGUACAUACAGAAAUGGUGAUACAAUCACAAUUGCACUUAAUAGGUUUGAUGCAUUUUUCUUGCACCAUUCAUACGAUCUGACCGGCACACAUGUUUCAAGUUUAAAACCAAUCUCUGUUGUAUCAGGAAAUAGGUGUUCAGAUGUGCCAUAUCGUUCGACUGCCUGUGAUUACUUGAUAGAACAAAUGCCUGCCGUUAGCAGUUGGAAAAACGAGUACUUCACCGCAAAUUUGAAAACACGACGCAACAAUAGAAUUCGUAUCAUAUCUGCAACGGAUUCGAAUACCGUUCAUAUCACUGGUGUUUCGACACAAACAUUGAAUAAGGGAGAGUUAUAUGAACAUGUUGACCAACACGAUAUCGUUACUAGAAUAGUUGGUUCGAAACCCGUACUGGUAAUACAGUAUUCAGAAAGUUCAGCUGUUGAUGGCGCCUUAGGUGAUCCAGCAAUGAUCCUUGUUCCUGAAUUAAACUCUCGAAAUAACGAAAUGUACUUUGAAACGCCUUUAGGUUUUUCAAACUAUGUUUCUAUUACUAUAAGAACUGCAAAUGCUAGUAGGCUUAAGCUUGAUGGAAUUUGGAUAGACAGAACAGACGAGAAAAGAAUAACAUCUAGCGAUGAGGAAAUAAGUAUUAUACGCGUGCAAGUCAACAAUGGCAAGCAUCACCUUCGGCACGAGGAAACCAAUGUCAGAUUUGCAGCUAUAUUAUAUGGUUUCGCAGAAGAUGAGUCCUACGGGUUUCCGCUCUCAUGGAGUACACGCAACGUUGUGACUAGUGUACGCUUGGUUAAUGGAUCGUCGCCAAAUGCGGGCAUUGCACAAGUCGAGUUCGGUACUGGUGUUUGGUAUUCCAUUUGUUUGCAUUGUGCUGUCGGACAGGUUGCACAUGCUUUCUGUCAAACUCUCGGCUACGACAAAUAUCUUUUGUCGUCUAGACUAAGUUCCUCAUCUGGCUCCAGCUCUAUGCUAUCUUUGGAUGGAUUGUCGUGUGCUGCAGAUCUAUUAAACACUUGCACUAUUGAAAUAACAAGUGUCUAUUCAUCAAGUUGUCAUGACGGAGUUGCUGUCCUUGACUGUGCCCCAUCCCUUGAGGAGAUUGUGACAUCGACGUGCUCUGCUAACAAUAUUCUUGUAGAAGUCGAUAUGGAAAAGCUUCAGUACAGAUAUCCAGGUUCAAUCGCCACUGACUUGUACUUUGGAAACGGCCCAUGUACGGGAAUGUUAAUUGGAAACGUUCUUGAAUUCAAUUACACGAUAAAUGACUGUUCUACAACCACUAGCAUGACAGACUCCGAAAUAAUGCAUUCUAAUCAACUCGUGUAUGCCUACCAUGACCCAAAGUAUGCUUUCAUCAUAAGAAAUAUCAACUGGACUCUUGAUGUCAACUGUCACAUUGCCAGAAACUUGUCCCUGGAUUCGCAUUUGACUUACAACCAAUCAACAAGCGGAAUUCAACAAUUAAAUGCAACAGCAAGCUACACAUUUAGAACUGAAUUUUUCAGAGACCCGAAUUUUCUCCAGCAAAUUUCUGGGGAACCGCUGAAUGUGCCAAUCGGAUCAAACGUGUUCGUGAAGACGUUCAUUCAGAAUGUUGAUUGGACUGUUGAAAUGAGACUCGACGCAUGUUAUACCUCCACAGGGGAUACAACGCAGUCGAAAUAUUAUCUGAUAACGAAUGGUUGUGCGGUUGACGUAAACACCCAUCUGCUCUCUCAAACAGAUCACGAGACAAAGUUUGUGUUUCAAGUAUUUGAAACAGUUGGCAAUAGCUAUGCCAUGAACGUCAAGUGUGACAUUAUUGUCUGUGAUUCCACAAACCCAACAUCGGCUCGGCGAUGUGAAUCUAAACCGCUUUGUACAUAGCAUAUUUUACAAUCACAUAUCUGCUUGCUGCAAAUGGAUUUAUUGCGGGUGUAUUUAAAAUACAUUUUCCAUUUCGUAUUGUAAAAUAUA